GGAACGCCGUUGGGCUUCUAUAAACGACAGAGCUAUUGAUACAAGCAGAAUAGGAAACGGCGAUGAAGAAGAACGGGACACUGAUCGUGGCGGUUAACUUGAUGUGUUUGGUCAUGGUUCACUGUACGCCGGAAACCCCGUCGUACACGGUGGUCCACUCCGACUCCGAUUUCGAGAUCAGACUCUACCGGAGCUCCGUCUGGAUGUCCGCUCCCGCCGUUGACAUAAUCUCCUUCGAGAAAGCCACCUGGAAUGGCUUCCACAGAUUGUUCCAGUUCACACAAGGUGCCAACCUCAAUUUCUCUCGGAUUCCGAUGACUAUUCCAAUUUUGACAACCCUGGUCGCCGGAGCUGGACCCUUACAAUCGCAAGGAUACUAUGUGAGUCUCUACUUGCCGGUUAAUUUUCAGGCCGUGCCGCCGCUUCCGCUGCCGGAACUCGAUAUCGAGCCGUAUGAGUUCAGCUCUCACUGUGUUGCAGUGAGGAAGUUCAAUGGAUUUGCUAAGGAUGAGAGGGUUGUUAAAGAGGCGAAAAGGCUUGCUAACAGUUUGAGUAAUUCUCCAUGGGCUCAUUCGAUUUCGUCGGAAAGCUUAGGGGGUUACUCGAUUGCGCAGUACAAACCGCCGCUACGGAUUGGUAAGCGGAGGAAUGAGGUUUGGGUUGAUAUUGAUGCUCCUGAAUUGGGGUGUGGGGUGGGUGGUGUUGCAGUGUAUUGAAGUUGGAUUGGCUGGAUGUACAGGUUCAUGUAAAAUGUUCAAGGAGCAGGACUAGUACUACUCCUUUCCCAAUUGAUCUAUUGUGUAUAUUAUUAUGUGACUGUUCUGUAACAUAUUGACUUGUGUGUAUAAUAACUUGGUUUGCAUUUUUCA